AUGCGAGAUUAUGAAGAAAUCGAGAUACGCGGAGAACGCUGUGUUGAAACGCAAACAAGUCCGAUAAGUUCGGAAAAUGAGGAGCAAGGUUUCAGCGAACAAAUGUACGAUUGUUUUGUUGGAAAUAAUGGAUUAAAUAAUGUCGAAUACGAGGAAGUAAUCUUAAAAAGAUCGAAAGUUGUACCUCGUUUAGGAAUAACUUUAUGCUAUGGAUCAGCGGACGAUAAUGACACUGAUAUAUUUAUUAGCGAAAUAGAGCGUGGAAGUAUAGCAGAUCAAGACGGUCGUCUUCGUCCUGGUGAUCAAAUCCUGCAGGCAAAUUUUCAAUAA